ACUAACUCUCAAACAAACCAUUGCCUGUGAAGCCCUUUAUAAACCAAGAAUCUGUGACAGGAUCAUGGAUAAAUAAGAAUUUAUUUUCAUUUUUUUACAUUAAAUAAAAUAUAUAAUAUACAUAGUAUAAUUUAUUCCCAUCUCAGACAUGCCUCAUGUUCAUAUUCAUAUUGCCUUUGUAGCGAUUCUCGCCAUUGUCAGCUGUGUUUCAGGUCAUGUCCAUGAUGUAGACGAAGCCGCCGAACAUUUCCUUGAGCCAGGACAGCACCUAGAGGCGUCAAAAGUCCUGGAUUCUCCCCUGCUGACAAGCAAAAUUAAAGCUAACCGCACAAUCAAGGUUGACAUCAAUGGCAACGGCGAUUUCACAAGAGUCCAGGACGCCAUUAAUGCUGUACCUGCAAACAAUAGCGAGUGGAUCAUUAUCCAUGUGAGGAAAGGGGUUUACAGAGAAAAGGUGCACAUACCAGAAGACAAGUCUUUUAUAUUCUUGAGAGGGAACGGGAAAGGAAAGACGGCCAUUGUCUGGUCCCAAAGCUCUAUCAAUAAUAGAGAAUCUGCCACAUUUUCUGUCGAAGCUCCUCACUUCAUUGCUUUCGGUAUUAGCUUCAAGAAUGAGGCUCCGACUGGGGUUGCUUUUACCUCACAGAACCAGUCAGUGGCAGCAUUUGUAGCCGCCGACAUGAAUGCAUUCUAUCACUGUGCAUUUUACAGUACUCACAACACUCUCUUCGAUUACAGAGGCAGGCAUUUUUAUCACCAUUGCUACAUCCAGGGUUCAAUCGAUUUUAUCUUUGGCCGUGGCAGGUCCCUCUUCCAGAACUGCGAGAUCUUUGUGAUUGCAGACAAGAGAGUAAAGAUUCUUGGAUCAAUCACGGCUCAAAACAGGGAAUCAGCAGAAGAAGAAAGUGGGUUCGUGUUUGUUGGAGGGAAGGUGUAUGGCAUUGGUGAUGUGUAUUUAGGAAGAGCCAAAGGUCCCUAUUCCAGGGUCCUAUUUGCCCAUGCCUACUUGUCUAGGACCAUAACACCCCAUGGCUGGACCAAUUGGAGCUAUGCCGGCAGUACAGAGCAUAUAUUUCAGGCGGAGUACAAAUGCCAUGGACCUGGAUCUGAUACAUUUAACCGUGCUCCUUGGUCGAAACAGCUCAAUGAUCAGGAGGCAGAGAAGUUAAUCUCAGUCGAUUUCAUAGAUGGAACUCAUUGGCUUCCGGCAUGGCAUUGAAGAUCAUUGUUAGCUAGGGUUCCGGCAUGGCAUUGAACAAUCUCAUUUUUUAAUUUAAUUAAGUUUUUCCAUGGAAUUGUAAUUUAUGCUUUAUUAUUAUGAUGCUACAGAAAAUUUGGCUCUAGCUUCUGGUUGUCAAGCUACCUGUGCAUAUUAUGUAAUUGACCUAAAAUCCAUGAACAUUGAUUUUAUAUUGUCAAUGUAUAUGUGCCAGUGACAAAAAUCCCACAUUGAAGCGAA